AUGGCGGGGACCUCUCCAAACUUGGCUUUCGUGCCAGCCUGUCAUCCCCCAGAUCCCACGGAAGUAGAGGAGCUGCAGCACUUUGUUUCCAAGUCCGAGAGGCUGUUUGUAAUGACGGGAGCUGGAAUCUCGACUGAAUCAGGGAUCCCAGAUUACCGCUCUGAAGGUGUCGGGCUCUACACCAGGACCGACAGACGGCCCAUCCAGCACGCUGAGUUCGUUCGUAGUGCCAGUGCCCGGCAGCGGUACUGGGCAAGGAACUUUGUGGGCUGGCCCCAGUUCUCCUCCCACCAGCCAAACACCGCACACCUGGUACUAAGAGACUGGGAGAAGCUGGGGAAGCUGCACUGGCUGGUGACCCAGAACGUGGAUGCCCUUCACACCAAAGCCGGAAGCCAGCGCAUGACCGAAUUGCACGGCUGCAUGCACAGGGUUUUCUGCCUGGCCUGUGGAGACCAAAUCUUGCGCUCUGAGCUUCAGGAGCACUUCGAAGCUCUGAAUCCUACCUGGAAAGCUGAAGCGUUCGGUGUGGCUCCAGAUGGGGAUGUCUUCCUGACGGAUGAGCAGGUGCGUAAUUUCCAAGUCCCAGCCUGCCGUAAAUGUGGUGGAAUCCUGAAGCCUGACGUGACAUUCUUUGGAGAUUCGGUGAGCCGGGAAAAAGUGAAUUUUGUCCACCAACGCCUGGCAGAAUCAGACUCCAUGCUGGUGGCAGGAUCCUCUAUGCAGGUAUACUCUGGUUACAGGUUUGCUCUUGCUGCCCGGGAGAAGCAGCUGCCAAUUGCGGUCCUUAACAUUGGGCCCACAAGGUUAGAUCACUUUGCAUCCUUAAAACUGAAUUCCCGCUGUGGAGAGCUGCUGCCUUUGAUUGUUGCAUGACCCAACAAGCUGAGCUUCAGUAGCUAUCAGGAGCAAAAAUAUUUCUACAAGGACUCAUCGUCUGAAAAGGUGAAAGCCUCAAUCUAAGAGGCAGCCGUGAGAUCCAGUGCAUGGCCCCUGACGACACCAGGACAGGGCAGCAAGCCUUGCCCAUGUCAACCUGACCAGUUUUCUCCACUGAAACCAUCUCCACUUAUGAGGAAACACGAUGAUGAUGAAAAAAGUACUUUUCUGCCUUACCUUGCCAUUGUAAAGAGUGCCUUUCCUUUGCAUUCACUGUGACAGGAUAAU